AUGGCAGGCGAGGCCGUCACGGCCAUGAUCGUGGCUGCCGACGCCGGCGACAACCCGCUGGCGGACCGCCGCGAGGACCGGGAGGCGGCGGCGGCGCGGGAGAAGAAGGCGAAGGUGACGAAGCUCAACUCGCAGACGGCGAACGCGAUGGAGGUGGUGCGGGCGCAGCAGGCCGCGAAGGAGCGAGGAGCCUUCGACGAGGGUGGCGGCUCUCAGGGCGAACGAGAUCGGCAGAUGGUGCAGCGGCGCGAGCAGCGGAAGACUCAGACCGGCGCGGGCACUGGCGCGCAGGUUGUGGAUGGCCAGGAGAAGGUGGCGGCGUCGGCAAUCGCGAUGUACAAGAAGGGCGGCGCCGACGCGCACUCACGGUGA